AAUAAAAUAAAAAAACCCACAAUCCUUUCAUUACUUAAAAAACACACUAGAAAGAGAAGAAAGUUGAAAAGAAGAGGCCCAUUACCUUUUUUACCCUUUAUAUACACACACUCCCCUAUCCCCAUUACCACAUUCUAAAUCCACUAAAGCAAACACCAAACAAAGUCUACUCUCUCUCUCUCUCUCUCUCUAUCUCCUUUCUCUCUCUAGAGGUCAAUCUCCCAAAAAUACUUCUCACCCACCAUCAAUGGAUGAAUUUUACUUCAUGAGGAGCCACGUGCCACCAUUUGGGAGCUGGGACUGCAGCAACAACGACUUACCCUUCACUCAGUGCUUCGAAUCUGCACUCCACUACAACUACAAAUACUCCCAAGACCGUGAUUUGUACGUCGACGGCGAUUUGUACCAGAACGACGUCGUUACUCCGGCCAUGAUCGUCGUAACUCGCCGCCGAGUAAAAAUAUAAACCCCUGUUUACUUGAUAUAUUUUACUUACAGCCCUCUUGAUAAAUUCGCAGACUUUGUAUUUAUUAAUUAGAAGGGCAACAGAGGAAACCCAAAAGGGAAGAAACAAGAAGAUGAAUCUUCAUGGGUUAUAGGUGACUGUGACUGUGAGAUGAAACCGGUCGGAAAACAAAACCCGGUUCGUAAUAAUCCGACAACUACGACAACUGUAGUAACCAAACCUAAACCUAAACCAGUUGAUGAAGAUCUAUACAAGAUUUCACCUCAUCUUCUCCGUCAACACCCCAAAAAGAAGAGGGUGUGGGGUGGAGUGUUUUCAAGCUGCCUGCGUCCGACAUGUGUUUGCUGAAGAAACUAUUGGAGUUUGGUAAAUAUAUUAUGAGGGGGACAAAUGAAAAGAUAUUUACUAUUAUAGUAUAGUUUUGCAGUUGUUUGUUGUCACGAAUAUUAUAUUAUUAUUAUUAGUGUGGUGUUUAAUUGUUACUAAUGUAGUAAUUAAUUAAUAUAUGCUCAUAGAUUUGAUUUUAUUGGGCUAAGAAGAUAAAUUUCAUAAUCAUCAAAUGAUGAUUAUGAUACCCACUCUUAGCCUAGUUAAGUUUUUCGGUGGGCACUGUUUUCAAUCUAAUUUUGAGUACUUUU